UCCGAAGGUAGGUCUGGAAAAUUCUAGAGAUUUUCUGUGCGAGAGCACGUCAGGAUCCUACUUUCGGUUCAGUAACGUGCAUCAUUUUACAUUCGCUUGCCCUUUCGGAUCCCCGGAGAUCGUAUUCGUGUUAUCUCACGCGGCAUCGGAGAUCGCUAAGUCGAAAUCCGAUGUGUUUGGAAGUUGGUUGGAGCCAUAGAUGGCUUCAAUGAUAUCGAUAUCGACUGAAAAAUACGCUUUUCAAUUAGCUAGUAAUCGAGCUUCUCGCGAAGGCCAAAGUAAAAUAUCUUCCACUUUGCAUUGAGAAGAAGGAACAGCGAAAGCUGUCACAGUAAAGUUAAACAUUCUAGAAGAUGUUACGUGCUUACAUGCGCUUGAUAGUUUCUGCGUAAAUUAGUGCAAUUAUUCGAGUUUUCUUGGUGUACCUGCUGGGAAAUGGCCGACAACUGUUUCGCCACCAGGGCCAAGAGAUUACGCUUCGACGAGCAGUUCGAUCGAGAGUUCAAUGGCUUCGAUCCGUCCGCUAGCGCGAAAAGCACCCAAAGGUUCAUCGGAAUCUUGGAUCAACUCGAUUCGAAGGUGGAGAAACUUCGCAAGGAUGCCCUGAUGUUGCAGGAGAAGAAGGACUUUCUGGCCAUGUCGAUGGAUCUACUCAGAAAUAAUGAAUAUCUGACGGGAUUAAAUGAAAAUGAGUACGAAGAAAUCGAUUGCUACGUCCAGCGGAUAAGCGGUCGGCUGGCAACGGUCGAGCUGAGCGUUUUCACCAUCCGCGACCGUGCCCAGGAAGACUCCCUGCAUAGUGUGAACAGCUUGAUCGAUGAAAUCAUUUCCAGAUCGGACCCGGUGGUUUCCCGACUGCGUUGUCAACAGUUUCUGAACGCAUGCAACACAACCGACACGACCACCUACACCGAGCUGGAUCCGACCAUGUGCUCGGACAAGAUGUUCGAAAAUGCCCUACUCGGUUGUACACUGGACGAUCAAAAGACUAUUAAAAAGCGUCUGCAAGCUCUGCUGGACUACCUCGCCAAGCAGACAGUGGUUCACUGAGCUCCCGCCGUUCGCGAGGUAGUUUUAAAUAGUGUCACUGACUGGAUCCUCCAAAGUGUACCAGCAAAACCGAGAGUGGCAGGUUGCAUUAAUCUUAGCUUAGUUUGAUUGUAAGGCCUCGGGAUCAUGCAGCGUGUUGAUUACAUAGAAGAAUGAGGAGUUUUUUUUAGUCAGGACUGUAUUUUCCACUCUCAUUUUUCAAUUAUUUCAAGAAUUUUGUAACACCGAGAGAUAAUAUAAAAUUGUAACGCAGGGGGUCCAUGUAGAAAAAGAGAGGACAGGUUAUGUUGUAACAUUAAAAACAUUAUUCGUAACACCAGCUAAUAAGUGCAGUUAGGACGAUAGAAAUAUGCAAACAUAAGUCUGAUGUAUUGAUGAAAAAACAAACAAACAAAAAAUGUAACGCUGUGUCCCAGAGCCAUGAUUUCAAACUUCAGACUGGAAAACAAUCCUAUACUGCCAUUCAGCAACAAAGUUGGCGCGUUACCUUUAU